CUUGGCAGAUAAUUUGGUAGUUUCCCUGUGCCGUGUUUGUGUUUUUUUAUCAUACGUUAGGUUCAAUUCUAUAUAAAUCUGUUAUAUAUCAUAUUCUGUAGGGAUCCCGUUCCCGUAUCGAGGCCACCAUUGAUCGUCGCCUUGCUCCUUUUUACAUAGACCGAAUCAAAGAAAAUGAGUGGAAAAUUGUGACCACUUUCUUGGUCCGUAACGUCGCUGACCCAGUGAGAGCAACAUCUCAUGACUACGGCAUAUGGUUUAUGGAUCGGACCGUCGUUACUAACGCCUUACGAAGGGACCCAAUAUCGUUUUACGAUUUCACUCAAUUCGACUACAUUUUGGAGAAAACAGUUGAUAAGAAAGUUUUAGUCGAUGUCAUUGGAGCGUUGUUGGAGGUUGGCCACUUGACCGGAGACUUCUACGGUCUCAAGCUUCCUUUCAAGAUCAAAGAUAGAUACAACGAAGUUUUGGAAUGCGAAGCACACAAUGAACAGGCGUUGGAAUUCCAAACCUUCUUUCGGAGUCUAGGUCAGCGCAAUGUUGUUGUCGCACUCGUCUUCUGGCGUUUAACCGACAGAGCUAAUCCUAAGGUUGUGAGUCAUGGUCCUGUGUCAAAGGUCUUUGCCGAUCCGGACACACCGGAAGUGGAAGAGAUCAAGCAGGUCGUUUUUUAGAUAGGGGGAUUUGUUUUCCCCAGUCUUCUUAUUAUUAAUGACCAGAUUUAUAUUAAGUAUUGUAAAACUACAUAAACUUGUUGUCGUUUUCUAAUUACUUGAAUUUGUAUAAUAAAC